AUGCCUUUUGGACUAAAAAAUGCUGGUGCUACUUAUCAACGGGCCAUGCAGAAGAUCUUUGAUAAUGUACUUCAUAAAUAUGUGGAGUGUUAUGUCGAUGAUCUGGUAGUUAAAACAAAAAGGAGGGAAGACCAUCUGGCAGAUCUACGAUCCGUGUUCACCCGCCUGAGAAAGUAUCAGCUUAAGAUGAACCCCCUCAAAUGCGCUUUUGGCGUUACAUUUGGAAAAUUUCUUGGUUUCAUUGUGAGGCAUCGCGGUAUUGAAAUUGACCAGUCUAAAAUUGAAGCUAUCCAGAAAAUGCCAGAGCCCAAGAAUUUGCGAGAACUUAAAGGCUUGCAGGGAAAACUGGCCUACAUACGACGAUUUAUCUCGAACUUGAUGUGCCUCGCUCUUUUCUUUGCCAUAGACAAACUGGAGCACUACAUGCAAGCAUAUAUGGUUCGUUUGAUAGCAAAGGCAUACCCGAUCAAAUAUGUCCUCUCCAGGCCAGUGGUUUCGGGUCAUAUAGCUCGAUGGGCAGUCUUCUUUCAACAAUAUGACCUUGCAUACGUUCCACAAAAAGCUGUCAAAGGACAAGUAUUGGCAGAUUUCUUAGCUGAUCACCCAGUUCCGUCUAAUUGGGAGUUCUCUGAUGAUUUCUCGGAUGAAGAUGUGUUUUACAUUGAAAUAAUGCCACCAUGGGUGAUGUUUUUCAAUGGGGCUGCACAUCAAGAAGGAGCGAGGGCAGGUGUAGUAUUUGUUUCUCCACAACGGCAAAUACUUCUUUACUCGUUCUCAUUAAGCGAACUUUGCUCUAACAACGUAGCCGAAUAUCAAGCAUUGAUCAUCGGUCUACAGAUGGCUAUUGAGAUGGGCAUAUCGCAACUUGAGAUCUUAGGAGACUCCAAAUUAGUUAUCAACCAAAUCUUGGAGCAAUAUGACAUCAAGAAAGAAGACCUCAUCCCCUAUUGCAAAUAUGCGAAGAAGUUGCAAGCUGCCAUCACAUUGGAGCAUAUACCGAGGAAGGAGAAUAGACAGGCCGAUGCUUUAGCUAAUUUGGCUACUGCCUUAGCAUUAUCCCAAGAAGAGACAACCAAAGUCGCUAUUUCCCAAAGGUGGGUGGUACCUCUUGUGGUUGAAGAAGAAGAAGAAGAGCAAGCCAACAUCAUUUCUGUAUGCCUUGUUGAAAAAGAAGAUUGGCGACAAGUGAUCAUUGAAUACCUUCAACAUGGAAGACUCCCGAAUGAUAAAUGCCACAAGACCAAAAUUCGGCGGAGGGCUGCUCGAUUCAUUUACUAUAAAGACACUCUCUUCCGCCGUUCAUUUGAUGGAUUGUUUCUCCGUUGCUUAGGAGAGGAGGAGGCUAAACAAGCCUUAGAGAAAGCUCAUUCUAGAAUAUGUGGCACACAUCAGUCAGGUCCUAAGUUACAUUAUAGGAUCAAACGAAUGGGUUACUAUUGGCCUAUGAUGGUACAAGAUUCUAUGGAGUGCGCUAAGAAGUGUGAAGCUUGUCAAUAUCACGCGAACUUCAUCCAUCAGCCGCCAGAAGCUCUACACCCAACUGUAGCUUCUUGGCCUUUUGAUGCAUGGGGACUUGAUGCAAUAGGGCCAUUACCAAAGUCAUCCGGUGGCCAUUUGUACAUCUUGGCCGCAACUGACUACUUCUCGAAAUGGACGGAAGUUGUACCCCUUAAGGAAGUGAAGAAAGAAAUGGUGGUCAAUUUCAUUCGAACUCAUUUGAUCUAUCGGUAUGGUGUCCCUCGAUAUAUCAUAACUGAUAAUGGCAAACCAUUCUACAAUAGGCUGAUGACAGAGUUAUGUGAGAAGUUUGAAUUUAAACAAUACAACUCCUCCAUGUACAAUGCCCCGGCAAAUAGACUAGCUGAAGCGUUUAACAAAACACUUGGCAGUUUGUUGAAAAAAGUGGUAUCCAAGACAAAGCAAGACUGGCAUGAAAGAAUCAGAGAAGCAUUAUGGGCAUAUCAAACAACAUUUCGAACGCCUACUCAAGCAACGCCAUAUUCUCUUGUCUACGGAGUGGAAGCCGUCCUUCCUUUAGAACGCCAAAUCCCAUUAUUACGGAUUGCCAUUCAAGAAGGUUUGACUGAAGAAGAAAAUGCCAAGCUCAGGUUGCAAGAAUUAGAGGCACUUGAUGAAAAAAGGCUCGAGGCCUAA